CUGCAGCUCAGCACGCUUGUACUGGCUACCUAGUAGUCAGGCAUGCAAUUUUGCUAUUGUGAGGGCGCACGAAAACUAUCUCGAACUUGCUAAACCUGAAGAAAAAUGCCCAAGAUAAAAAGCUAUACGCCUGGCUGGUUGUUACCGCCAUCACCCGGUCACGACCUUUUCGUGCCUAGUCCGAGCGAUGCCAAUAGUCCCUCGUAUAGUUCUAAGGAAGCCUUAAGGUCUGGUCCGCGACGAACCAUUGCUCGCCGUGGUACCGAAGUCUUCAUUGCUGUUGGAAAGGAAAUCCGUUGGGCCGAUCUCGUUUACUUGAAAGAGCGAUGGGAGGAGAAACAAGCUAGAACUAGGGGUAGUGUUCCGAUCAAGCGCGAGGAUUCAGCUAGCCCUAGCGAUGAUGAUAUACUCAAGGACUCGAUCGAGAAUGAGUGUGCCGAAGGCUUCCGGACCAUCAAAACUUCUGUUGGCAGUGACAUCCAACAGCUCGUCAUAUCACCAUACGCCAACUUUAUGGCGGUUGUCACUACUCAUACUAUUCGCAUCCUUCUCUUGCCCGACUCUUCCCAUCUCACAGCACCAAGUCUCGAACCUAUCAAACCAAAGUCGUGGACCUUGGGCCCAACAACCCAUGUCAUGGAUCGGUCGCCCAUCGCCUCAGCUAUUUGGCACCCAUUAGGUGUUAAUGGUUCCGCACUAGUGACGGUCACUAAGGAUGCUGUCAUCAGACUUUGGGAGCUCUCCCAGAAAGAUCGCUGGUCAUUCGACUCUCCAUCCCUUACAAUUGACUUGCAGAAGCUUGCGGAUGGUACAUCUCUAGAGCAAAACUUUGGGCCUUCGCCUGAUGUCACCAACAAAGGGUUCUCUCCGGAUUCUGUCGAGAUGGAGGUGGCCGCUGCAUGUUUUGCCGGUAGAGGUUCGGGUGGGUGGUCGCCGAUGACGCUUUGGAUCGCGAUGCGGGAAGGCGAUGUAUACGCUUUGUGCCCCUUACUACCUACCCAAUGGGCCCCUCCGCCAACACUCAUUCCAUCACUCUCGAUAUCGAUUGUUGGAAACCUAGCGGCAAUUGAAGAUGACCCGAAUGUAUCCGAACAAACGAAGCUAUUAGCACAACAGCAGCUAGAUUGGAUGUCAGACCUUGACAACCAAGAACCCAGGAUUAUCGAAGGCCCCCCCGGAGAACCUCCCGCCGAAAUAUAUACCCGCCCUGCAAGACCUGGCAUAGUACCACGCUUACAAGGACCUUUUGACUUAGAUUUAAGCCCAGAGAGCGAGGACGAUUUGGAUACAGAGCUGACAGACAUCUUUGCCAUUGGACAGAAACUUGACACUGACGAGCUGAUGAUGGGUGAAGAGGAAGAGCUCGAGAUGGAGGACGUGGAAGCAGAAGGCUUAUCCUUGUCGAUUAUCUGCUUGCUCUCGUCUAGUGGCCAGUUGCGACUGUGUCUAGACAUGGACGGCGUUCAAGCCAUGUGGCUCCCUCCCCGGAAUAAAUCCAAGGUUAUGGGCCGCCUGUUCGGGUCACCAUCCCUACUGACAUUUCAGAGUAUGGAUAUUUUGAGCUCCUUGGAAGUCACAGGCAAUGCUUGGCCUAUGUUCAGUUCUGAUGUUACCUCAAGAUAUUCUUUUUACGUCACGCAUCCCUCCAGUAUCACUCACAUAUCCCUUUCACCAUGGGUAUUCCGUCUAGAAAGCGAAAUCCAAAAUGAUUCACAAGCUGGGUCUGAAUUCAGGAUUGACCUACUUGUCAAUGGGCAAAACUCGACUCGAGAACGCCUUUACACGAACACGGCUCUGGGCGAUACACAACUACCCCUAGCAGCUUCGGUCGCUAUUCGCGACCCUGAUCUGGGCUAUUUCUUACUAUCUGCAACUCCGUUCGAUCCGGUUGCUCUAACGUUCGAUACGCCAGAAGAUGACUUUACUCCCAUCCGAUCUACUUCGCCUAGUUUUGUAAAGGAUGAAGAAGUACAACCCCUAGAAUUCUACGAACCUCGUCCCGUCUUCCAGCCAUCACAUGCUUUUGAUGUGAACUCUAAACUACCAGAUCUACUCAGUCAGCUCCGCACUGGUCGUCACAAGAUGAUACUCAAUCAGGAAGUUCGGCUUUCGCCACUGACCCUACAGCUCUUUACCGAAGCUCAUAGAAUCCUGAGUGACGAGACGCAUAGACUCGGUAUAGCGGCUGCGGAGGUAUUCCGACGAUGUAUUCAGCUCCAAGCAGAAUUGAAACAGCAGGUCAACAAGGCGAAUGAGGUCAAGAGUAGAGUGGAGGCUAUCACAGGAGAAGAUCACGAAGAAAACGGCGAGAUAGUGUCAAGCAAUAUGGCAAUGGAGAGGCGGCUACAAGCAGCGAAGGAGAGAGGGGAGGCUCUCGGUCAACGGUUAGAGAAGAUGCGGAAGUUGGUCAGCAAGGCUACAAGUCGCGAGCUGAGCGAUAAGGAGAAGGCUUGGAUCAAUGAGGUCAAGGCCUUAGAUACCAAUUUACUUGGUUCUGCCGCAACAAAGGACGGGCCGACUCGGUUGAAACAAACGAAGAGAAGGUAUGAAGAAGUUAUAAGAUUGAAGGAGGAACUUUUGGAGGAGGCAGAGAAACUGGGUGCAACGACGAGUGAGGGAGAAGAGAGCGUGGGCAGUUCGACGGCUGACUUGCGCAUACCGACGGAGCUCCGAAAAGCAAAGGUUGGUCAAGUAAAGGGGCUUAUUGAGCGUGAGACUGCGUUGGUGGAUGCAGUGAAGGCGCGACUCGAGCGAUUGUCGGUGCUUUCGUGAAUGGGGUACGACAGAUAGGCAUGGCGUGGCAUGGCUUACGCCAGGAUGCAUU